UAUUAAUUUGGAACAAGAUGUAUUUCACAUCAGUCGAACCUCAUCCAAAAAGAAGGGAGAUCUCUCUGUACCCAUCUGUCCAGCAUUAUAAGCAGCCUAUGUUACAACCAGUAUUCCAGGACCAGGAAGCUACUCCAGUUGUAAAGACUCAAGAAAGUCUGACAGAGAAUCAAUUGAAAUCAAUUCAGAAAUCUCUUGCUCAAAAGAAGGAGGCAGUUGAUCAUGAAGUAAAGAAGACUGCUGGGCUUUUUGAAAGAGUCAACAAGUUUUAUCACAUUUUCGUUAAGGUAAAGGCAUUAAUGUUGAUGGUAUUCUCCAUCUACCAUUUCCUUGGAGGAUCAGAUGAGCCACAGUUGCUUCCAAUCAUUCUUUCUUUCUCUAUGUCAUUGAUUCUGUUUAAGAAAUCAAUGGCUUCAAAGAAAGCUAUUAAAUCAAACCAUCAUUUGACUGUGAAGAAGAUCUUUAAGAAGGCUAUUACUCUAGGAAUUAUUUUCUCUGUUGUAUAUCUUUUAUGGUCUGUUGCUAUUUUUAAGUCAUUCAAAACUCCUGAGAAAUCCACUGAUUUGAAGGCCCAGGCCAUUAAGGCUUCCCUAACUGAAUCUGCUGAUAACAUUCAAAUUUCAAUUCCUAAUCUCUCCCAUGCAAGAAUUGGAGCGCCAGCAGCUCAUUUCGGAAACAAGUUUGAUAGAAAGCAAUUUGAGAAUACUGUUCUUACUAAAGAAGUAAAUAAAGAUCUCACCAAGCAAAGACUUAAGGAGAAGCUAGUUUUCUCACCUAGUAUUUCAAGAGAGACUACUUUGUACAUUUUCUUUGCUGCAAUGACUAUCUUGAUUGGUUUAAAAUUCUCUAUGUAUUUCUCCCAUUUCAAUCAAUACAAGAAUGCUUUGGAGAAACAAGAUAAAAUCAAUAACCUGAUCUUGCACUUCCAAAAUACUGAAAUUUCCGGAAGGGCCAAAAUUGCUCCAGAGCCAGUCGAGAUAGUCGAAGAAGCUCCAGUUGGAUCAGACUAUCCAAUUAUUGAAGAAGAGCCAGUGAGACUUGCUUCUGUCACCGACUGCUCUAUUGAUAGCAACAGAAUCAUUGAUAUCACCGAAGAUCCUUGCUAUCCAGUGAUUUCAGAGCUUCCUUUGCAGAACAAGUAUGCUCAAGAAUAAUUAUUUCCACAAUGAAUUCUGAUAGUGACUCCACUCAACCAUC